UUGGGAGAAAUGAAUCUGUAGAUUCGUGGAAUGGAACGAGAACGGAAUGUGGAAUAUUAGCCAUCAUCGCCAUCGCCAAAACUGUUUUAAAAAGUAAAAAAUAUAAAAAAAAAAAUAAAAAUGGGAAUUAUAGCGAGCAAUACCUUGACAAUUUUCACUGCUGGUACCUUCGUGGGAAUGGGAGCAACUUAUGCCUUUUUUAUUCUAAGAUGUAAGAACAAGCCUAAGCAAGAAGUUUGGAAAAAUGGAAUGGAGGAACGUUAUGAGUUUGGAGAUGCAAAAGAUGAAUAUCGGCUCAUAUUGGGCGUUAGAAAUGACUUGAAAAUGCAAAAAGGAAAAGUAGCAGCCCAGUGUGGACACGCAGCUGUAGCAGCAUAUGCAAAAACUCAAAAGGAGCGACCUAAAAUAUUACCACUCUGGCUAAGAUACGGUGGCACAAAAAUUGCUGUUCGUGUUGACAGUGAAGAAGAGUUACUUGCAUUACAUAAAAGAGCAAAGGAACUUAAUGUGUUAACAAGUAUUGUAAGAGAUGCUGGACAAACUCAAGUUGCCCCUGGAACUAGAACUGUAAUUGCCAUAGGCCCAGCACCGAAAAGUGAUUUGGACAAAAUAUCUGGACAUUUAAAACUGUAUUAAUGAGUGUAUUAAUUUUUUAGAUGAGUUAAAUUAAACAUCUGAUAUUUGAAUACCUAUACAAAUCUGUGAUAGAUAUAAUAUGUAAUAAUAAUAUUACAUUUUAAUAAUAAAACAAAAAUAUUUAAUUUA